GGAGAACCUUCGUCAGAUGAGCGAUGAAAAGAAGAAAAAGCGCGGAUUUUUCAGAUACAGCGUGCUGACGACGUCAUCGUUCUCAUCGUGGCGGAGAUCUUCAACGAGUGGAAGUAUUUCUCAAUCAUCACGAACAACAUCCAAAACGACGACGUCAUCAUCAGUGACGUCAUCUAACCCUAUCAAUGCACCACCGCCUACUGCCACGUCAUCAUCAUCUGUACUUCCGUCUACGUCAUCAGAACCACCGCCACCGGCUUCUGCGCCACCGAGAAUAUCGAUUUAUCAUAAAAUGGUGCCGAGCAAGUCAAAAUUUCGGCAAUGUGACGUUUGUGAGCACAUAUUUAUAUUCGAUUUUGUACGGAAACAGCAUUUGGACGAUGUCUACGCGUGUAAUGUUUGUGGAAUCCGUGUUCACAAAGGAUGCCUGGAUCGUGUGAAAAAUGACUGUAAAAUAACGACACAAUAUAUGGGUGGAAUACUCGAAAAUGCAGUUAUUCAAAGUAAUAAAAAACAAUGGGAAAAGCCGACGACGGCGAGCAUCAGCAAAUCUUUAACCACGUCGCCCACGUGCUCAACGUCUACAACAAUGUCUCCAGCUGGUGUUGAAAAAAAUGUACAUAAAACAAGAAAAUUGAUCUCAAUGACAACAUCAACACUGGACGACGUGACAACAUUUAAUUCAGAAAUAAAUGAAGAAAUGGAUGAAGAAACUGUACUUAUGACAUGGGAAGAUGUUACAAUUAAGCUUACCGACGUUGAUGUUAUGACUAAAAUUGGAGACGGACGGUUCGGAAGUGUAUAUUUUGGUGGUUAUCAUGGUAAUGCGGCUGUACGAUUUGUGAAUAUGAAUUAUUUGAGUCAAGAAGACCGCCGCGCCGACGUUUUUGCCACGGAAAUUGUGUCGGCUUAUAAGAACUCGCGGCACGAUCAUAUAGCCCUAUUCUACGGAUACGUAUCAGAUCCAGUGACGAAUACGUACGCAAUUGUCACGAAUUUCUAUCAACACAACACUCUUUAUCACCGAAUUCAUGAACAAUUAUCCGAAGAUUUCGAUCAAUCGUGGACAUUUCAAAUUUCGUUGCAAAUUUGUCAGGCAAUGUCUUAUCUGCAUAAAAAGAAGAUACUUCAUCGAGAUUUACGAACGAAAAAUAUUCUUUUGGACAAUCCGAAUCGAGUCGUUGUUACGGAUUUUGCGUUGAUGAAGCUUGAGCGGCUGGAGAAUCCCCGCAGAAAUUGUACACUUUUAAUCCCAAAUCACUGGAUUGACUAUCUUUCGCCGGAAAUUGCUGGAAAUUUGAUGAUUGAUUGGAGGGGUGAUGUGUUGUUUCAACAUGAACUACCGUUUUCACAAGAAUCUGAUGUUUAUUCGUUUGGUACAAUUUUCUUCGAACUCCUGCUCCGCCGUAUGCCAACGGGCUGUGACUCUUGGGAUCAGAAGCUCUACGCGAAAAUGUGCGGCCAAAAAGCGGCACUUCAACGGCUCGACGCCCAGCUGCAAAAAAUCGACGGAAAAUUGCACGAACUGCUGCUGGAAUGCUGGUCGAGCCAACCGGAGAAGCGGCCGAGUUUCCAACAAAUUGUGAAGCGAAUUACAGUUCAAAUGCCGAGAAAAGAGUCGAAUAAGCAGAAGAGACGCAGCACGGCACACGAGAAUCCACUGUUUUAGUGUGUAGAAUUAUCGAUUUUUUAUGUACAGAGAGAGAGAGAGAGAAGAGAAAAGAAGAAGAAAUUAGACAUUUUAUCCAUUUAAAUACCUAUAUAUAUAUACAAAUAUUUAUCCUAUAUUCAUCCCUGCCCCUGCCAUUGAUCUUGUUUCAUAAUCAUAUCAUAGUUUUAUCAGAAAAAGAAAAAAAAUCCCAUUUUUCCAUCAUUUUUAUCCGCGUUUUCCUAUUUUCCUCCAAAUUUCCCAAAUUAAUCCCGCCAAAAAAAUUUUUUAAUUUAAGUUUAAUUUCCCGCCGUUUCCCUUCCUGUGCCAUCCUUUUUCCCCCCUGAAAAGAAGCAAAAAACGAGUUUUAUAUACCACAACCGGAUUCCUACUAUAUUAAUUCCAAUUUUAUCCAAUGAUUUAUUUAUAUUAAAUUAUAUUUUCUUUUUUUCUACCAUUUCUGUGCUGCCUUGAAAUUUUUUUGUUCCCGCCUUCCUCCCCUGAUAUAUAGUUAUAUAUAGUUUUUCGACAAAUUUUCAAUUUUCAAAUGAAAAUAUCGACUUU